CAUACAUUCAUGGGCAAAAAAUGGCAAACACGGCGGCGACACGGACGAUAGAGAUACGCAGCUGAUUACGUCCACCAAAAUGUUUAUUGAUCUUCCCAAGAAGAACGGUUCAAGAUUUCUCGUUUGUCAUUAUCAGCCAUGAAUGAAACAAAGCCCUCAAAUUCUGCCUUGUAUGUAUAUACGAAAAUUGUAAAAUUCAUUUCAAACAGUUGUUUACUUUAUUAUAUUCAACGCGUAGUAAUAAUAGUAUUUAAGAUCUUAAAAGAAGAAAUUAAGAAACCCCAUAGUGGGGAUUCCUUUCCUUUGUUGCCUUUGCCUUGCCUUUCCCUUCACUUUUUCUUUUAUUCCUUGUCAUUUCAACUUUAAGAAGAAAUUAGUUAUUAGAUUUGGGUUUCAUUUCUUGUUUAAUUCUCUCUCAAACUCUCCGGUCAGGUAAUUUUCUUUUUCUUUUUAGAGAAUUGAAAAAAAAGAAGAUAUCAGAUAUGGCAGAAGAACAUAGAUGUAAAGCACCGCCACAAUGUGCAAACAAUUGUGGAUUCUUCGGAAACCCAGCAACCCAAAAUCUUUGUUCUCAAUGUUACCGCCAUCUCCAGCACCUUAAAGAACAAGGAUCUUCCUCUGCUGCCAAACAAGCUUUUAAUCAAGCCCUCCUCCCUUCCUUUUCUUCUUCAUCAUCGUCGUUUUCGGUUUCCUUGGCGGUGAAGCAUGAACCGUUGGCGGAAACCAAGGAAGAGGUGGUUCAAGCGGAGGUUCAGGUCCACGUUCAAGUUCGACCUAACAGAUGCAUGACUUGCAAGAAGCGCGUGGGGCUGACGGGGUUCAAGUGCAGGUGUGGGAUGGUGUUUUGUGGCACCCAUAGGUACCCUGAAAAUCAUGGUUGUAGUUUCGAUUUCAAAGGGAUGGGAAAACAACAGAUUGCCAAAUCGAAUCCGGUUGUCAAAGGCGAGAAGCUUCAGAAAAUCUAAAGGAAAAAGGGGAUUGUUUGUGAUUGUGUUAUGGAUGGUCUCGCCGGCCGUUGGUGCUUGUAAUAUGACAUACAUUCAAAUGGUAUUUUAAUCUUAAUGCGGGUGCUGAUUUCCAAUUGGUUUGUUGGUUGCUUUUGCAAGGAAUUAUUCCAAUAAUGAAAGAAAACUGCUCCCUAAUAAUUCAUACUA